AUGUCAACCGAAUUGAUGCCUUCAUCUCGAGCUCGGGCCGCUCUUCACCAAGACCCAGUAGGGACACUGAUGGAGGAGGUUAAACUCAAGCCUCAAUAUCACCCCGUCUUGCGCCCAAACGGCAUGAUUAAUCUUUCCGGGGCUCUUAAUUCACUCAUGACAGAUUGGAUGGCUACAUAUGCUGAGAAAGAGCCAUUGUCCAUGUCUGAGUGCUUGUCAUAUGGUCCGCUUACUGGGUCUCAGGAUCUUCUCGAGGCUGCUGCUGGCUACUUUAACCGCUUCUUCAGCCCCUGUGAGCCUAUCCGUGCCGAGCAUAUCUUAGCAGCUAACGGCGUGACAUCACUCAUGGACAUGGUAGCGUGGACCUUGUGUGAUCCUGGUCAAGGUGUCUUGUACCUGACUGCGAAUUUCUUCAUGCUUGACUAUAACAUGACAGUACGAGCUGGGCUCACCACCAUCCCCGUUUCUACACUUGACCUGUCCAAUCCCUUUGGCUCCAACGGUCUAUCCGAACUGACUAGUGCCUUGGACAUGGCCUCUAGCUCAGCCCUCAAAGAUCGAGGAAUAGAGUGUCGCGUUCUCUUUCUCUGCAACCCCACGAAUCCUCAAGGCCGAUGCUAUUCCCCCCAGACGCUCGAGGGUCUGGCCUCAUGGUGUAUUGAGAAAAGGAUGCAUCUCGUAGUCGAUGAGAUCUAUGCUAUGUCUACCCUGGCAGACAACAACGACGACGCCGAUAUUACACCCUUCACUAGCAUCUUAUCUACCAGUAGCCAAAAAAAUGUACACUGUCUCUAUGGCAUGAGCAAAGACUUCAACAUGGGUGGUCUUCGAAUGGGAUUUCUCGUCACCAGAAACCCAGUCAUCAAGGCCGCCGCCUCACAAGCCGCAUGGUUCACUUGGCUCACCGUGGCAUCGGACAAGUUUGUCACGCGCUUCUUACAGCAGCUAGAUGUGAUUCAAGGCUACCUCGAUAACUACUGCUCAAAGCUUACGGAGGCAUAUCGAAGAACGACCACGGCUCUGAAUAAGUACAAAAUUCCAUUUCAGCGAGCUGAUGCGGGUUUGUUUGUCUUCAUUGACCUCAGCCGCUGGGUUCACAACUUUGAGGCAGGAAAGAUGGGGAGCUCUGAGAUGCAACUCUGUCGGAUGCUAAUUGAUAACGGAGUGUUUUUGAAUCCAGGACAGUUUUCGCUGAGCAGUUUGCCGGAUGCGAUCGUCCUGGACGUUUCCGCCUUGUUUAUUCGCAAGAUUCAACAGUCGUCGAAUUGGCAAUCCAACGUAUUGGACAGGCUUUGGAUACAUUAA